UGAUCAGCGCCCCCUUUACAUCACCAGGUAAUAGACAUGAAUACACACAUUCUUUAUGAUCUUGUAUUUAUAGAAUUAGAGGUCGUUCAGGGAAUAUUUUUUCUGCAGAUGACUCCAGAAGAAGAUCCACACCAGAGAGAAGCCCCAGUCCUCUGUAUGCUCAGGAUGGUCAGAAGGAAAUCACAUUGUUCCACAGGACUCUCAGCUUAUGUAUCAGGUUGAAGAUUGGAACAUUACUAGUACUACAGUUAAAAUGGAGACAUAUGUGAGGGGUGAUGAUCCUACAGUUGACUGUCCAGAUGACUGUAGCAGAAGCUCAGAGGAACAUCUGAUAUAUCCAGGUUUAAAAGCAGAUGAGGAUGAGGAUGAUGAUGAUGAAAUUCUAGAAGAUACAUAUGAAGAGUAUACUAUGAUCCCAGAUCUACCCAUAGAUCUUCACAGCAAAGAUCUGUUAUCCAGUCCUUUUAUUCACGUCCUAUCUGACCCAGAUUCAUCACAGACUAUGGAGCAAAAUGAAAGUCACAGCAUAGGUGCUGAUCACCGAAGUGCUCCCACAGGGGAGAAGCCAUAUUCAUGUUUAGCAUGUGGCAAAUGUUUUAACCAGGAACCAGAUCUUCUUAUACAUCAAAGAAUUCACACGAGGGAGAAGCCAUACUCUUGCUCAAAAUGUGGGAAAUGUUUUACAAAAAAAUCAAAUCUUGUUAAACAUGAAAGAAGUUACACAGGAGAGAAGCCCUUUUCAUGUUCAGAAUGUGGGAAAUGUUUUAAUGUAAAAUCACAUCUUUUUCAGCAUCAAAGAUGUCAUACAGGGGAGAAGCCAUUUUCAUGUUCAGAAUGUGGGAAAUGUUUUAGCCAGAAGUCAGAUCUUGUCAGACAUCAGAGAAUUCACACAGGAGAGAAGCCUUAUUCAUGUCCUGAAUGUGGUAAAUGUUAUGGCAUUAAAUCAAAUCUUGUUGAACAUCAAAGAACUCAUACAGGAGAGAAGCCGUUUUCAUGUGGAAAAUGUGGAAAAUGUUUUAGCCAGAAAUCGGGUCUUGUUAAACAUCAGAGUGUUCACUCAGGGGAGAAGCCAUUUUCAUGUUCAGAAUGUGGAAGAUGUUUUAACCAUAAAUCAGCUCUUAUUAGACAUCUGAGAAUUCACACAGGAGAGAAGCCAUAUUCAUGCCUUGAAUGUGGGAAAUGUUUCACCCAGAAAUCAGGUCUUGUGGAACAUCUUAGAAGUCACACAGGAGAGAAACCAUUUUCAUGUGUAGAAUGUGGGAAAUGCUUUACAACUCAAUCAAAUGUUGUAAAACAUCAGAAGGCUCACUCCCGGGAGAAUCCUGUUUUAAUGUAGCAGAUGUGGGUCUCCAUUGUAGGAUCUGCUAUACGGAAAAUGCCUUAAUGAGGAUAUUUGGUACGGAUAUUGUGUGUUUACUAGACUCAAUCAUCAUGAAUAAGCGACAUUGAACUAAAAACCUCCACAUGGGGGAAAAAUUAUUAUUGUGGACCAUUAAAACAAGUAUUUAAGGAACACAUGUACCCACAAAGUGUCCCUGUCAUUUAAAAAAACCUUUCAAUGUGUCAUUGAGACUGAGACCCCUACCGAUCAGAAAUAAGCGUGCGGGAAAGCGAUCUGCUCCCUGACUCUCAGCGAUUAGAAGUCUAUGGUUCAGCGAGACAAAGAGCUGAGGAGAGAAAGACACUAGAACAGGGGCCCCACCUCUAUAUCAGAGACUACAUAUCACAAGGGCCCCUCCUCUAUAUCAGAGAGAACA